AUGGGUAAGCUCCAUAAGAUUGGGAGAGUAUGGGAUUGUCUGUUUCUUCCAACAAAUCAGUGUUCAUGUUUUUGUCUAAACACUCUAGAAACCAAUGAAGAAGAAGAGGAGUUUGAGAAGAAGCCACUGUUAGAUUCUUCAACAGAGAAAUCUGGGAAGGUCUUGAGAUUAAAAGAUGUUGUAUCUGCUGAUCAUCGCCAGACUCUUGCUUUUCAUCUUAAGCCUAAGGUAAAUUAA